AUGGCAUCGUAUCUACGCACAGUCGCAAAAAGUUCAUCAUCAAGUACAAGUGCAGAUGGCCCAGCCAAUAGUUUAGGCAAACGUUUAGUUAAAUGGGGUUUAAUUAUUGGUGUACCAACAGCCGUGUGCGUGGCUGCUUAUCUUGUAUAUCGACAACAACAGGAACAAGCCAAAAAGUCAGCUGCUAGACGACCGCCAUUACCAGCACCGAUCGCCGGUGUAAACGAAGAUACUGCUUCAGGAUUAGAAAAUCGACCAAAGAGUCGUUUAACUGUAGCUAUAGAAUUAAAGAAUGAAGGCAAUUUGAAAUAUCGCGAUCAAAAAUUUCAUGAAGCAAUUGAAGCAUAUACAAGAGCUAUUGAAGUAUGUCCAGUUGAGUCCACCGAAGAACUUUCACAAUUCUAUCAAAAUCGUGCUGCUGCUUGGGAAUCAUUAAAAGAUUACGCAAGAGUUAUUGAAGAUUGUUCCAAAGCUAUUGAACUCAAUCAAAAAUACGUUAAAUGUAUUCAAAGACGUGCUCGUGCAGCGGAAACAAUAGGCAAUUUUGAAUUGGCACUUGAAGAUUAUUCAACGGUAUGCUUUAUUGAUUCAUAUCAACCAGCAUAUAUCAUGGCUGCUGAUAAAGUUCUUACUGAUCUAGCUAAGCGUUAUAUGGAAAAGUUACCUCCAAGUACAGCCGAAUUGUCCAAAGAUUUUGUUCGUACAUCAUUAAAUGAAUUCGAGGACGAUCCAAUAUUAAGUCAAUCUUUUAUUGAUGAAUUGAAUCGCGCCCAACCAGACAGCUCAUUGGCACGUGCUUAUCAAGCAUUCAAUGAAGAUCGUUAUACUGACAUACCAUCGUUAUGCACCAAUGAACUUGAAUCAACAACAGACUCACCAUACAAACUAGAAACCUUAUUGCUUCGUGGUUCAUUUUAUUUAUUAAUGGGUAGUUAUGCUGAAGCUUUAACUGACUUUGAUACAAUUAUUAAUGAUUCAGAAGCUACAGAAAAGAUAAGAUUAAAUGCUGAAUUAAAACGAGCUAAUUGUAAAAUUCACCAACGUGAUAUUGAAGGAGCUCUGCAUUUUUAUGAUCAAUGUGUUGCUUAUCAUCCAAACGAAUGUUCACCUCGUGUUCAUCGUGGAAUGCUCAAAACAUUAUUAGAAAGUUUUACUGAAGCUCAUGAUGAUUUUUUAGAAGCACUUAGAAUAUCACCAACAAAUCUUCGUGCAAAAUAUCAAAAAUUAAUUAAUGAUGCAAAACUUGGAGCUAAAGAACAUAGAAACGAUCGUGUUGAACAGGCACUGAGCAGUUUUGAAGAAUAUUAUGAUACAUGCAAACAAGAUAUUUAUUAUGCACUUGCAAUAACAUCUUGCUUCUUGGAUAAUGACCGGAAAGAUAAAGCAUUGGCAUAUUUAGACAAAUUUGUUACACAUAUUCCAUCAAAUCCAACACUAAUGGCGCUUAAAGCUAAUUGUUUAAUGUCCAAUGAUCCAUCAAAUAAUAAUGAAGCUGAAAGACUUUAUAUUCAAGCACUAGACAUUGAUCCUUCCAAUGAAACAGUUCUAACUAUGUUUGCUAUAUUUAAAUGCAAUCAAAACCAAUUUGAAGAAGCGGCAACUUUAUAUGAACGCGCAAUUCAUUGCACACGUGGAGAAGAAAAACUUAUGCAAUACGCUGCAUUGCUCUAUGCUAUACGUGCACAAGGCCGAGCUAUAAAGCGCCUCAAUCUGAACUUUCCAGGUGGUUUUCCACAAGCCGGUGCACUGCCUAACUGGAUGGGUGGCAUGCCUUAG